UCAAAUUUUUUGUGGGUGAAUAUCAACGGCGCAUGUGUCUCUCUGCAUGCCUUUUCCUUCUUCUCUGAUGAUACACCUCAUUUCCAACUCCUCUUUCUCUUGCCGAUUUUAAGCUUUCUGAAACUGAAACUGCAAUGGCUUCGAGUCUUUCCUUUGGGCUUUCUGUUAUGCUUUCCAAGCAUUACAGUCCAAAAUUUGUAGGUUGGAAAGAAGACACAAGAGGACCACCUAACCGUUGAAAGUUCUUACUGAUAAAAAGUUGGUUGGGAAAGCAUGGGACUGGGAUAUUAAUGGCCAAAAAGCUCUCUCCUUUUCCUUGAAAUUUAUGAGCAAAUUUGGAACAGAAAUGGAGGCUUCGAAUCAGAAGUCUCUUGAAAGAGUCGUCUCACAGAGAGCUCUGCAAAUGGGGAGCUCAUUUUCAUGCCAGAUUUGUGUGGUUGGUUUCCUUUGCGGCGUUUGUCUUACAACACUGCUUCUGGCUGCCCUUACUUCUUUGGGUACCGUUGAGUUUGGUGGGAUUUCAUUUUCCACUGGAAUUAGUCCAUGGAAUUCAAGCUCAGAUAUAAUUAAUAUGGUUAAACAUGGAGACUGCAAUCUUAAAUCUAAAGAAAUAGAGAGGACGAUGCAUUCACGUGAAACUGUUGACCAUAACAUUGAUGAAAGAGUUUCUUUCUUGUACUCAGCUUGGAGUUCUUUAUUAAAUAAUGCAAUGAAUAGUGAAGGUGAGCUGCUGCAGGGUGUUAGACUGAGCAGACAUAAUGUGCCAAAAGCACCUCACUUGGAGAACUGCAAAUUGAAUGCACAAGUAAACAAGCGGCUUGAUAGACAUAUUGAGAACGAUACUUUCCCUCCUUGGACAUUGUGGAAGGGGUUCUUAGACACAUACCUGUUGUCAACAACAGAUGAGCAGCUGAAGUACUAUCGACAUCAAACCAUAUCUGAAGGAGCUUAUCCUCCCUGGAUAACAGGAUCAGAUGAAGAAAAUUAUCCCUUUACUAGGAAAGUACAGCGAGAUAUAUGGCUCCAUCAGCAUCCCCUGAACUGUAGUGAUCCUAAUGUGAGGUUUCUUGUGGCUGAUUGGGAGAGACUACCAGGCUUCGGCAUUGGAGCCCAGAUUGCUGCAAUGUCUGGGCUUCUUGCAAUUGCAAUUAAUGAGAAAAGGGUUCUUGUUACAAAUUACUUUAACCGGGCUGACCAUGAUGGGUGCAGAGGGCCAUUACGCUCUAGCUGGUCUUGUUACUUCUAUCCAGAAACCUCCCAAGAAUGCCAAGAGCGUGCGUUGCAGUUAAUGGAGGAAAAAGAAGCAUGGGAAAAAGGAAUCAUAACCGGAAAAGAUAAUUAUACAUCGAAGGAAAUAUGGGCUGGUCGAACCCCUAGGAUUUGGGGUAUGCCUUGGAGUUAUUUGCAGCCAACAACAGAUAUAAAUGGAACCCUGGUUGCUUCUCAUCGCAAAAUGGAUAGAAGAUGGUGGCGGGCUCAGGCAGUUCGCUAUCUAAUGAGAUUCCAGACUGAGUAUACAUGCAAUUUGCUUAAUGCUGCACGUCAUGCAGCAUUUGGAUGGGAAGCUGCAAAGAUGGUUCUUGCAACCCGAGUUAAAGAUUGGCAAGAGGUUGCGGAUGAUCCUCAAUUUGACAUGGAAAAUUUUGUAUGGUCCAAUCAUAAACCAUGGUUGCCUAGGCCAUUACUAAGCAUGCACGUAAGGAUGGGAGAUAAGGCAUGCGAAAUGAAGGUGGUUGAAUUUGAAGAGUACGUGAGUCUUGCUGACCGCAUCAGAAAGCACUUUCCACACCUCGACAGCAUCUGGAUUUCCACCGAGAUGCAGGUGGUCAUUGACAAAUCAAAAACAUAUCCCCACUGGAAAUUUUACUACACAAACGUGACGCGCCAAGUGGGGAACACGACAAUGGCCACUUAUGAAGCAAGCCUAGGCAGGGAAACCAGCACAAAUUAUCCUCUCGUUAAUUUCUUGUUGGCUGCCGAAGCUGACUUCUUCGUAGGAGCCUUGGGUUCCACAUGGUGCUAUCUCAUAGAUGGAAUGAGGAACACGGGAGGAAAAGUUAUGGCAGGAUACUUGAGCGUCAACAAGGACCGGUUCUGGUAGCCGAUGUAUAAAGCUGGGGGACCCCUAGGUAUGUAAAUUGCAGUGAUGGUCUCCAGUUGUUUUCCCUGUAUAUUCGAUAUUCAUCUUGUAUAUUGAUGUGUAUUUACUAAGCGUAAAUGGACAUAGAGCUACCACUACCAAGUUUCUGUCUCAAUCUUCUAUCCUGGAUCAAUGAAAAUCUAUUUGUUAA